AUGGUACACGCCGGCUACAACUUAUCGAUAUACGAUGAUUCAACGGAGGUACAGAAGCGAGGAGGAUCCCCUCAACAUCACUUCGAUGACGACGACGACGACGAUGUUGAGCCACAGGCCGGAUUAUGCUGUUUGGGAGGAUGUCUGACCGGAACUUCUCUUUGCCUUCUUCUGGUUAUCAUAUUUCCUGCCGGUAUUCUACUGUCGAUAUAUGCUACAAAUAACAACCAGUACGAUGUUUUGGCAGCUGGUAUUAUUCUGGUCGCCUUUCCCGUCAUCACCAUCCCCAUAGUGAUAGCAGUUUAUCUCAACAGACGACAGAUCAUGCGCAUCCGGAAGCGGAAGGUCGCUGACGGCAAAAGUAAAGAGAAUGCUAGGAAAUACUGA